AUGGCUACUGCUACGAACAACGGCGCUGUCGACCAGCUCGCCAACGACUUGAGCAACGCCUCGCUCAACGGCGCUGACAAGAACGCCCCCGCCAUCAACACCAACGUUGAGGCUCAGGGCGACAAUGCCGACGCCGCUGGCCCUACCCCCACCACUGCCCCUCACCCUCAGGCCUCCGCCUCCCUCUACGUUGGCGAGCUCGACCCCUCCGUCACCGAGGCCAUGCUCUUCGAGCUCUUCUCCCAGAUCGGCUCCGUCGCUUCCAUUCGUGUCUGCCGUGAUGCGGUUACCCGCCGUUCUCUUGGCUACGCCUAUGUGAACUACAACACCACCAUUGACGGUGAGAAGGCUCUCGAGGAGCUCAACUACACCCUCAUCAAGGGCCGUCCCUGCCGCAUCAUGUGGUCUCAGCGCGAUCCCGCCCUUCGCAAGACUGGCCAGGGCAACGUCUUCAUCAAGAAUCUCGACGUCGCCAUCGACAACAAGGCUCUUCACGACACCUUUGCUGCCUUCGGCAACAUUUUGAGCUGCAAGGUUGCCCAGGACGAGAACGGCAACUCCAAGGGUUACGGAUUCGUUCACUACGAGACCGACGAGGCUGCUGCUCAGGCCAUCAAGCACGUUAACGGCAUGCUCCUCAACGAGAAGAAGGUCUACGUCGGCCACCACAUUCCCAAGAAGGACCGUCAGAGCAAGUUCGAGGAGAUGAAGGCUAACUUCACCAACGUCUACGUCAAGAACAUUGCCAACGAGGUCACUGACGACGAGUUCCGCGAUCUCUUUGCUGCGUUCGGUGACGUCACCUCUUCCUCUUUGGCCCGCGACCAGGAGGGCAAGAGCCGUGGUUUCGGUUUCGUCAACUUCACCACUCACGAGGCCGCCGCCAAGGCUGUUGAGGACCUUAACAACAAGGACUUCCGCGGACAGGACCUGUACGUUGGCCGAGCUCAGAAGAAGCACGAGCGCGAGGAGGAAUUGCGCAAGUCUUACGAAGCUGCUCGCCUGGAGAAGGCCAACAAGUACCAGGGUGUCAACCUGUACAUCAAGAACCUUGACGACGAGGUCGAUGAUGAGAAGCUCCGCACUCUCUUCGCUGACUUCGGUCCCAUCACCUCUGCCAAGGUCAUGCGCGACACUCCUACCGACUCCAAGGAGGAUGAGGAGGGUUCUUCUGAGGAGAAGGAGAAGGAGAACAAGCCUGAGGCCGAGGAGAAGACCGAAGAGAAGGAGGGCUCUGAGAAGAAGGAGAAGAAGUCGGACAAGAAGCUCCAUGGUAAGAGCAAGGGCUUCGGUUUCGUCUGCUUCAGCAACCCCGACGAUGCCACCAAGGCUGUCGCCGAGAUGAACCAGCGCAUGGUCCACGGCAAGCCCCUCUACGUCGCUCUCGCCCAGCGCAAGGAUGUUCGCAAGAGCCAGCUUGAGGCUAGUAUCCAGGCUCGCAACCAGCUCCGCAUGCAGCAGGCUGCCGCCGCCGCUGGCCUUCCCCAGCAGUACAUGCAGCCUCCUGUGUUCUACGCCGGUGGCCAGCAGCCCGUCUUCCCCCAGGGCGGCCGUGGCAUGCCUUUCCCCCAGCCCGGCAUGCCCAUGCCCGCUGUUCAGGGUGGCCGUCCUGGCCAGUUCCCCGGUGGCUACCCUCAGCAGGGCGGACGCGGCGUUCCCCAACAGAUGCCCCCCGUCUACGGCAUGCCUGGCCAGUUCCCUCCUGGCGCUCCUUACCCCAACUCCGGCAACCCUCAGUUCCUUGCUGCCAUCCAGCAGGUUCAGCAGGCUACCAUGAACGCCGGCGGUCGCGGAGGUCCUCAGGGCGGCCGUGGCCCCGCCCCCAUGGCUGGCAUGCCCGGCCCCGGCAUGCCCGGCUUCCCCCCCAACGCCCGCCAGGGUGGCAACCAGCCCGGCGCCGGCCGCGGUGCUAACCCCAACGGUCCCCGCAACAACGCUCCCUUUCCCCAGGGUGGCCGCGGUGCCGCUCCUGCCCAGGACCUCAACAGCUCCAGCCUCAUCCAGCAGCAGCUGUCGUCCGCUGCUGGCAACCCUGGCCAGCAGAAGCAGAUCCUUGGUGAGGUUAUCUUCCCCAAGAUCCAGGCCAUGCAGCCUGAGCUUGCCGGAAAGAUCACCGGUAUGCUCCUCGAGAUGGAGAACGCCGAGCUUGUCAACCUCAUCGAGGACGAGUCUGCCCUCAAGGCCAAGGUCGACGAGGCUCUCGGUGUCUACGAGGAGUACAUCAAGAACCAGGGCGGUGAGGAAGGCGAGAAGAAGGCUGAGGAGACCAAGGCUUAA